AUGAAGAUCCUGUCAUGGAAUAUCCGAGGUAUGGGCUCGGACGUUAAGAUCUCAGAACUACGCAGAAUUAUUCGUGUUAACAGGAUAGAAGUUGUAGUUAUUCAAGAAACAAAGAAAGACGAUUUUUCUGAUCUAGAAAUUGGGCGAAUCUGGUUUGACGAUGAGUUUGAUUUUAGAUUUUCAAAAGCGGUGGGUAGAGCAGGGGAUAUUAUUACUGUUUGGGACAAGAGUAGAUUUCAGUUAGAGGAUAGCUUCAUUCAAAGUAGAUUGAUUCUUAUUAGAGGUAAAUGUACUUUGGAUUUGUCGAUAUAUUCUUUAGUGAAUGUUUAUGCUCCAUGCGAUAGCAGUGAACAACUGUCCCUUUGGUUCGAGGUUGAGUCAUUAAGGAGGACAAACAAUAGCAGAUGGUUUUUCGGUGGAUACUUCAAUAGUUCAAUGCUAUUCGAAAUCGAAGCGAGAGAAGUGGAAAAUUCCAAACUUCUUGACAUGCCCUUAACAGGGAGAAAAUUUACAUGGUUCGGCCCAGGAAAUAGGAGAAACCGACUUGAUAGAAUUUUUGUGGAAGAGGACUGGUUCAAAGAGAAUAGUGAGGCUACUCUUUGGGGGCUACCAAGAGAAGUAUCAGACCAUAUUCCGAUAAUUUUGGGUAAGGAAAUGAUAGAUUGGGGUCCGAGACCAUUCAAGAUUAUAAACGCUUGGCUAAAUCAAGAGAGUUGCACGGAGGUUAUAAAGGAAACUUUAGAGCUGGAUGCGAUAAAUGAUAAAGAUUUGUUUGCAAAACCACGUAGAGUGGAAGGAGCGCUAAAAAAGUGGAACAAGGAAUGCUUUGGUACUAUAGACACUGAAGCGCAGAAGAUGGAGGCAUGGAUAAACGAGUUAGACACGAAAAGAGAUUAUAUGAUCUAG